CGGGCAACGGCAGCGCGCGCGCAUGUCAGUCAGUGUCCGCCGCGCCGGUGGACGCCAACACCUGCGCGUGCACAUAUAUCAACAACGCGAAAGUCGACCUGCUUGCUUUUUAUUAUUUGUAUUCACGCGGUGUACAUAACAGACACGCUCCUAUAGAAAGGAUAGUAUCGUCCUUUCGUUGUUCCACGCCCGGUUUACUGAGCAUCCGUACACAUUUAAUUAGUCGAUAGAGAAACCUACCCAAAGAUGGCUACCAUAUACAAUUGGUACAGAGACCUAAUGGACAAUAGGAGUGAUCCCCGAGUGAAGGACUGGCCGAUGAUGUCAUCGCCAUGGCCCACACUGGCGGCGUGUGUCUGCUACGCGUACUGUUCGCGGGUGCUGGGCCCGAGGUUCAUGGCGAAUCGGAAACCCUUCGAACUGCGCAGCGUGCUAGUCAUCUACAACCUUGCACAAACAAUAUUCAGCGCCUGGAUAUUCUACGAGUACUUGAUGAGCGGCUGGUGGGGUCAAUAUAACUUUACGUGUCAACUUGUCGACUAUUCCCGAAGUCCGAUGGCUAUGAGGAUGGCGAAUACAUGCUGGUGGUACUACUUCAGCAAGUUCACGGAGUUUGUGGACACGCUUUUCUUCGUGUUGCGCAAGAAAAACGAACACGUGUCUACUCUGCAUGUCAUACACCACGGCAUCAUGCCCAUGUCGGUGUGGUUCGGACUUAAAUUUGCACCAGGUGGUCACAGCACAUUCUUCGCGCUACUGAACACGUUCGUCCAUAUCGUGAUGUACUUCUACUACAUGGUGGCUGCUAUGGGUCCCAAGUACCAGAAGUACAUUUGGUGGAAGAAGUACCUCACUGCCUUCCAGAUGGUCCAGUUCGUGAUGAUCUUCACUCACCAGCUGCAAGUAUUGUUCCGGCCGUCCUGCCAGUACCCUCGCGUCUUCGUCUACUGGAUUGCGAUGCACGGAUUCCUGUUCCUGUUCCUCUUCAGUGACUUCUACAAGGCGAGGUACACCAAGAGCGACAGGAAAUCGCGCAACAAUGGACUUUGUAUGACCGUCAUGGAUGACAGCAGCAGUUCGCUGAACGGCAAGAACGGGUACAAGCAAGAGGUGGAGCCCGAGGUGCCGAGCUCGUACGCGUCGUCCGGCGCGGACGCCUUCGUGCGGCGCCGGCCCGUGUCAUAGUGUCACCGGCCUGUGUCAUAGCGCCGCCGGCCCGUGUCAUAGUGUCGCCGGCCCGUGUCAUAGUGCCGUUAGUGCCACAGCUCCGCACUGUGUUCUAAUGUUACAAAGACCAUCUCGAACCUUCCACGUUAGUGUCCAUCCGCCGCUCACCUGAGACUGAUGUUUUACACUAGGAGACUGUGUAAUGUCGCUCGUGCAAGAUGCGACGUGAGUGCAUAGUGCGCUGACCCCGGCCCGUCCGGCUGGCCCGUCGUCGCGGUCGAAUAAUGUUUCAGACUAUAUUUCUACAAUGAAUUUAGAUAUAAACAUUAUUACUUCUAUAAAGUUUGUUGAUGCACAAAGUCACUAUUUUGGAUCUUGCUUGGAUUGUCUGCCUUGUAAUUGUUUUAAGUACAAAGUAUGAUUAUUGAAAAUUUCUAUAUACUGUUGAAAAUCAAAGUCUCGAAUGAUGUGAAAUCUAGUCGCGUUUUGGCGAUGUGUUGUUUUCCUAUAAUUAACAGAAAGCGAGGAUCUGUUAUCGCAGUUAAUAAAUUAUGACAACAAUUAUUGAUCAGGUUAUUUUUGUCACAAUAAAUAUUCGUACAUUCUCGAUAGGCGAAAGUGAGAUGGGCAUUUUGUAUUAUGUAUAUAUUUUAUUAUUUUAAAAUUAACUUAGUUAUGGAUGGUAUCAUGUGUAACGAGGUGUAUUAAAGGUUAACGGUUAAUUUUUGUAAAUAUAUUUUAAUUAUUAGAUGCUAAUUAAAACAAUAAAUAAUUAUGUUACCAUAAAUUUGUUAGAUAUAUCCAGUGUAGAUUUACUAACAGCAGUUAUUUUCUGCCUCCUGUGCCCUGUGCUCAAGUACCUCAUACUUCCGCAUAAAACCUUUACAAAUUAACUUGUCGAUAUAUUCGUGAAUGAGAACAAUGUGAACAAAUUGUCAUAACCUGUGGUUAUGAACAAUGAUCUUUUCGAUUUACUUUUUAUAUUUUGUAUCGUUCGGGGACUGUGCACAAUACCUUGCAGUAGAAUUAUCGCAGCGACGAGCAUUACGUUAAGUAACUGAAGUACUGUGUGUCGUGUACAUGUGUGGUCGAGGAUUGAAGUAGUUCGGUAGCUAGUUAAGUAAGGAGGUAUGUGCGCAGUGUCCGGGCGCCGAGCCAUCACGAUACUAUUUAAGUAUUAUUUUGUAUCAAGUUCUGGUAUUACGAUGCUUUAAGUGUUGUGCAAUGUGGAGUGCCGGUUGCUUACAUCGCAGGCGGGCGAGUCCGCGGGACACAACAGUCUGCUCAAGUAAUUGCUGCGAGUACACUCUUUUGCAAGUUUAUUUAUUACUUUAAUAAAGGAUUUUACAAUUGA